AUGGCUUCUGUCAACUCCCUGCCGGCUGCCAAUAAUGCAUCCGGCAAUACCGUCAAUGCGUCUUCACAGAACUCGGGUUCUAGGCCCUCAUUAAGAUCCAGCGCUAACUCCAAGGCGGAUGGAGGUCGCCGUCAGGCAGGCAGCCCGCUUGAUGGAGGUCAGAGGCGCAGCAAUUCCCAGAAGGCUUGGACCCAAGGCAUGAACCCGAUCACUCAGAGGUCUUCAUAUUCGCAACAGAACGGAAAUAUGGCUCAGAAACAGAAUGCGGCCCCUAAGCCAACAUCAAAAGAGUCGAACACACCUGAUAAUCAUGCCCAUGACCGUCUUGUUUUCUUGGUUACUAGCUUUAUUAUGGUGCAGCGCCCAACAAAGCAAGAGCAAAACCGGGCGAAUGGCGUAAGCGAUGCUACAAGUCCGUUUCUAGGAUCCGCACCGGAUCACAGUAUGUCGUUCGAUGUGAAGGAUGUGGUGGAAAUAUCCGUUCCCAACGUCUCCACAUCCGAUGUUACAGCGAAAGGAGCUAAUGGUGCCUCUACUGGCUUCCGAACUGAUGUCGAUAUUUCUGGUAACCUGGCGAUGCGCGAGCGAACCUUGAAGCGCUGGGAGCCAUCGGCAGAGACUGAGGUGGAUUUGUCUCUGGAAGCUACGAACACGUCAGCCGGCUGGGAUCAGUUCGAGGCCAAUGCACGUUUGUUUGGAGCCACUAGUAGUUAUGACGAGAAUCUCUACACUACCCGGAUUGACCGUUCCGACCCGACUUACAAGCAGAAGGAAGCGGAAGCCGCUCGUAUUGCACGUGAAAUUGAGACCACCGACGUUGACAAUGCGCAUAUGAGGGAAGAACGAGGAUUAACAGUGCCAGGAGAUGGUGGUGACGAGGAAGACAAAUACAGCGGUGUCCGACGUGACGAGAGAAACUUCCCACCCCUUGUCUCUGGGCAGCCAAACAAGUACACACCGCCAGCUCGUCGACAGGCCGCCGCUCAAGCUGCUGCAGCCCCAAGUUCCUCCGCUAGCGCUGUGAAACAGGUGCCCAAGGAUACAACGCCUUCUACGGCGGCACCACCUAAAGAUAGUACCGCAUCACAACCUGCCCCUUCAGCUACAGCUGCCAGCGCCGCUCCUGACGCGGACAAGUCUGCCUCGGCGAAGCCUCCAUCAGCUACCAGCGCUGUACCGAAGCGGACUGGCACGGAGAAUGCUACCGCCAACGUGGAAGCGGAAGUGCUAGAUCACUUCCGUCAAUUCGCCAACAGCGAGAAACAGAAAAUGCAGGAACGCCGCCGUAACCAGGCGUCCUAUGAUCGUACGAUCAAACUCAAUGAACUGAUGAAAUUCUCGAAGAACUUCAAGCUUGCUACGCCAGUCCCCAAGGAUCUGGUGCCUAUCCUCGCCAAGGACCCUCAUAAGCAGGAAGAAAUCAUCCAGAGAGCUCAGCAGCAAGCUGAGGAGAAAACAUCAACCAAGACCUCUCCAACGCCUGAGCAGAAACAAACGCCCCGUGCCCCUGUCUCGGCUCGCCAUGACAGCGGGACAGCGCCAUCGGCGACACCAUCCGAUCGCCCGGCCUAUCCUCGUGGUCGCCAGGUGUAUCCUCCUACCGGUCCGCACGCAGGUGCUGGUGCGAGACCCCAGCACCAGACAAUGAACCCGGCUCGUCAAACCACGGGGAUGCUCGGGCAUCGCCUGGCCGACAACCUUCAGCAGCGGAAAGGUGUAGCGAUGGGCGCUGUUCCGACGCCUUUGCCCAUUCAAGACGUUCGCUUACCCCCAACGGGCCCCGCUGGUGACCAGUCCGGCGUAACCAGCCCAAGCAAGGCGCAAACACCAACAUCUUCGGCAUCCACAAAGUUCAAUGUGAGAGCCCUAGAGUUCAAGCCCAACCCAGCCGCAAGCACAUUCACCCCAGGUGCUUCGUCCAGCUCGUCACCCUUUGUUGGAGGUCGUUCUGUUUCUCGUGCCACUAGCCCCUCUGCAUUCUUCGGUGCUAAGAAGCCACGGCCCGUCACCGAGCGCCCGUCUCUCAAGAACCAAUUCAACGCUAUUAAGAGAAUGAAGAAGGAGAGCGCGGAAAACACUGAGAAGGAUUAUACUUUCAAUGGAGGAAUUCCGCCAGCAUAUAAAACUCUCCCCACCUGGGACGUGCCUACUGGCAAUGAAGAGAAGACUUACCAGCACAUGUUCAAGCCUCCUGUUACUGUUCCAGCCAUCUCUCCCCAGAACCGCUCAGCAUCUAACCCACAGGCUCCUCAUCAACCCCACAUGCCUUUCCAAUUCCCCCAGACAACACCAGGCAUACCUCCUGUAUCUGGUCCCCCACAUGGGCCUCAUCUGCAUCCCCAGCACCAUGCAUCUGGUCCACCUCACUUUGACGACCCUCAUCGGAUGCAAAUGUCAGCCUCAACUUCUCAGGUCUUCCCGUCCCCGAGACUUCAGCAUGGGUAUCCUUCUCCCAUGGCCCCUCAUGCCCAGCUAGCAUUCGGGCAACCCAUGCCACAAUUCUACGUCAACCAAGGUGGCCCCCAACCUGGUCAUAUGAGGCCCUACCCAGGUGCUCCUCAGUUUAUGAACCCGCAGGCCAACAUGGGUGCUCCCAUGAUGGUACAGCAACCUUCCAGCGGUCCUUACAUGGGGGUCCCUCAGGGUAUGGCCCCUUACACGCCUCAGAUGCAGAUGUAUUCCCCGAAUCCGGGCCACGCCUACCCGCAGCAUGCGCCGCCUCAGCCGCACAGCGGCUUUCCGAGCCCCAGCCGCGGUGCGCCGAUGAUGAUGCAUCAAAACUCUCAACAGGGCCAGCCCCCACAGCCAGUAAUGUUCAUGUCACCGGGGCAGCAUGGACAGCCCGUCUAUGCAGCUCAGCAGCCAGGCCACAGUAUGUUGCAACCAAUGAAGCGACCCACUGCUGAUUGCUGA